GUGAUCUCCUCACUCUUAUUGCCACAACCACAGAAUAGUUUGCCAACAAUCCAAAAUAUCCUUAUCCAAGUUCAACAACUUGGCUUUAUGCAUGAGCAUAAGAUAUUUUUUCCCAGUGGUUCGCUCAAAUUUGGAAAGAAUCUGCAAUAUUCUGGCUCGCAUGCCCACUUGCCCCCCUUUCUCGUCGUCCCACGAGAAGUUGAAGCCGGUGUGUUGUUCCUUGGAAACUCAAUCCAAAAGAUCCUAACUAGUCGUACGCUCCAUGAGCAUCAGAAGCUCGAACUUGUCUUUGAGGGGGAUGAGUUUCAAGCAUCUCGAGAGCAAUCUCCACGUUCCUCUUGAAAGCUUGUGAAAGCUUGCUUGUCCUGAUGCCGUUUUAGUCCUGAAAUGCACCUCAACUUCAACUGAGAUCAAACGAGAGGUCAAAAAAGUUAAGGAAACAUAUUCUUGACUUGAGUGCAAAAAAAUAUGAAAGACUGUGGAGGCUAGAAAUGUUGUGAACAAGAAGGAGUGUUGGAAGGAUAUUGAACGCACCUCUUCAUCAUGGUGUUGCUGCCAAUUGUGAUCCUCUUGAUGGGCUUGGGCGUUCCAUUGUCUUUGGGACAAUUAGCGCCUGUGCCCGACAUCAUUCGUUUAGGAGCCUUGUUUGAUGGAACCGAAGUUACCCCUUUGGAAGCGGCCUUCAUUCAUGGGAUCAACAUGGUCAAUGAUGAUCGUUCCAUCUUGAUCCGCUCGAGAUUGACUAGCGCCAUUGACAAAGUGCCCCAAUCAGAUAGCUUUAAAGCAUCCAAGAAAGUUUGUCAAAUGGCCACGUCGGGAUUGGCGGCCAUUUUCGGUCCGUCCGUGCCAUCGACGGCCAAUCAUAUUCAGUCCAUAUCAGACACAUUCCACAUCCCCCACAUAGAAACUAGGUGGGAUUAUUCAUUUGAUAGAGGAGACUAUGCUAUCAACAUUCACCCACAUCCAUCGUCGUUGAGCAAAGCAUAUGCCGACCUGGUGAAGGCGUUUGGCUGGAAGUCAUUGGUGCUUCUCUAUGAAAAUGAGGAGUCCAUGAUCAAGCUGCAAGAAGUGCUCAAGUAUCCUAGGCAUGUGGAUACCAUUCGUUUGACCGUCCGGCAGCUCUACACAGACACCGACGACUACCGUCCUUUGCUCAAGGAGAUCAAGACUUCCGGCGCCACCAAGAUCGUCCUGGAUUGCGCCUUCAACAAGAUCGAGAAAGUUUUGAAGCAGGCCGAUGAAAUUGGCCUCAUCAGUGACUAUCACUCGUUUCUCAUCACCUCUUUGGAUCUCGAACGCGUGGAUUUCUCACCCUACAAGAGAAGUAACGUCAAUAUUACAGGAUUUCGGAUGAUUGAUCCGGCCUCGCCUCAAGUGUCACAUUACCUCAAAAAGUGGAACUACCGAGCCGGUGAUGGGAAAGGAGAAUUUCACCCACUCUACUCUGAGAAUAUUCUCAUGUACGACUCGGUUCGAGUGGUGGCCAAGGCCAUGGAUGAUCUGGCUCAGAUUGAAGGAUUUAGUUUGAACCCAAUCAGUUGUCGUCGAUCACAACCUCUGGAAUAUGGUCCUAAACUGGCUGAAUACAUUCGAAGAGUGGAGUACAUGGGCUUAUCUGGGGAGGUGUUUUUCGAUGCAGAUGGAUUUCGGACCGAUUUCCAACUGGAUCUUUUAGAAAAACGUCGAGAUCAUAUGUACAAGAUAGGGAUUUGGACGCCGGAUGUCGGCAUCAACGUUACGUUGACCCAAUCGGAGGUCGAGGGACAGAUCGUGGAGAAAUUGCAAAACAAAACUUUGCGGAUCACAACGUCAGAUACCACCCCAUUUAUCAUGAAGAAGGCGCUGGACGUUCCCAAAGAAGCCUUAGAGCGUAUGUCUUUCGAGGAGAAAUAUGAAGGCUAUGUGAUCGACCUAGUCAAGGAAUUGGCCAAAGCCCUUAAAUUCAAGUACAAGUUCCACAUGGUCAUGGACGGAAAGUACGGGAAUGUAGAUCCCAAGACCGGAGAAUGGAAUGGCAUGAUCAGGGAACUGCAGGAUCAAAAAGCAGACAUGGCGGUUAUUGAUCUCUCCAUCACUUUGGAGAGACAGAGCGCCGUUGACUUCACCAUGCCGUUUAUGAACACUGGUGUGGGCAUUCUGUACAAAAAGAAGGCGCCUCCAGCUCCGAAUCUGUUCUCGUUUCUCUCGCCGCUCUCCCUUGAUGUGUGGAUCUACAUGACGACCGCAUACUUGGCAAUCUCCAUUCAAAUGUUCUUGCUGGCAAGAAUCGCCCCUCAAGAAUGGGAGGCCCCAAUCCCAUGCUUCUCAGAUCCACCUGAGCUAGAAAAUAUCCUCACACUUCAUAAUUGCUUUUGGCAUAACUGGGGCUCACUUAUGCAACAAGGGUCAGACAUUGCUCCCAAAGCGAUCUCAACUCGCAUGGUGGCUGGAAUGUGGUGGUUCUUCACCCUUAUCAUGAUCUCUAGUUACACAGCCAACUUGGCUGCUUUCCUCACAGCGGCAAAGAUGGAUGUACCCAUUAACUCGGCCGAUGAUUUGGCCAAGCAAACCAAAAUCAAGUAUGGAACCUAUUGCUGUGGUUCCACGAACUCGUUUUUCAGGGGCUCAACAAUUCCAACUUAUACCAAGUUAAAUGCUUUCAUGGAGUCCGCCAAGCCAAGUGUGUAUACCAGCGGCAACCAGGAGGGUAUUGAGAGGGUCCGGAAAGAGGAAGGAGCAUAUGCAUUUUUCAUGGAAGGAGCUGCCAUUGAAUACCAUGUUGAAAGAACCUGUGACUUGACCCAAAUUGGUGGGCUCCUUGACUCCAAGGGUUAUGGAAUUGCCUUACCUCCAGACUCUCCUUAUACAAGUACAGUUUCCAAUGGAAUUCUGUACCUCCAAGAGGCUGGAAUUUUACAGCAGCUCAAGAUCAAGUGGUGGAAAGAAAUGCAUGGGGGUGGGAAAUGCACAGGAAGUGGAGGCGAGGACAGCGCGCAAUUGGGUCUUCCCAAUUUGGGUGGAGUAUUCAUCGUUCUUCUGGCUGGAAUGAUUGCCUCGUGUAUCAUCGCCAUCAUUGAAUUCGUUUGGAAAAAACGGAUCCUAUUGCAGGAUGAAAAUGAGUCAUUAUUAGCCGAAAUGUGGGGCGACUUCAAGUUUGCCGUGGAUCUUCGAGCCAGUGACACCAAGCCAGUUCCCAAGGAAGGAUCUCGGGCUGGUUCCAAGUCCAUUCUAAAUGACGGUUCCCACUAUGGAACAAACAUUCUCGAGGGGGACAGGGAAGGUCGCAAGACAGACCACCCUGAUGAUGAAAGCCCAUAUGCCACCUUCAACGACAAUUAUAGCACAACCAAGUCACACAAAGGCUGAUUGACAGUAGACGUUUUCAGUUGAAUGAUACUCAGUAUUGAAUUUUAUUCAAGUUUUCCAUAUCUCCUCACCCUGUUUUGGCAUGAACAAAACCUUUUUGAAAUUUAGCAAUAAAUAUGGCUCACUCCCUUA